CCUCAUUUAAUUAAUAGUAUGUACGUGUGUGUUAUAAAAAUGUAAUUUGGCGGCUAUUACAACAGCCAUCUCAAUCAAAUGGCCUAUUUGGAAGGAACAUUGCGCUACCGGCCAACGUGUAAGCGCAGUCUUAUUGAAACUCAGUUCAUUACCGUUAGCUGAUUAGCCUAAGCCAGCACAGUCACGGUGGUUCAAAGUGUAUUUUGUUAGUCAUAUUGUUCUUGUAGAGUUGUAGCUUAAUAUGUUCCUUAUUCGUCUAGUGUCUAUUUUUUUCUUUUCACAUCUACCGUUUAUAAAAAAUGAAAAUUGAAAAACAAUAAUGACAUUUUUUGUCAGUGUCAUAAAAUUUGAGGUUCCUUUUUACAAAACGUAAAUCGUACGUAGAAUUUAAUACAUUUAAAUUUAAAUAAAACAUGUUAUUACAUAAAUUAUUUUGUAAUGAGGUAUAAUAGAUUAGUAAGCAUACGUAAUAUAUUAUUACCUCAUAUUUAGCUAAAAGGUUUAAAGAUUUUCUUAAUCAAUAAACAUGGCUAACGAUAGAGAAGUUUUACGAGAAAUAUGGGAUGGGAAGUUGCCAAUCUGCUUUCAAUUACACCAAGAAGAAAUAAUGGAAAUCCAGCAGCCUGACCCAUUUUAUGUAAUGGUACCACGAUUGAGCUAUUUUCCCUUAGUUACUGAUAAGAUGAAAAGACACUUUUUACGUUAUAUUUCCCAAGAAAGUGCUGACAAUGAGAUGUGGCUUGACUAUAAUGGACAGCCUCUAAAGUGGCACUAUCCAAUUGGUUUUCUUUAUGAUCUGUUUUGUGGAAACGACCCUCAGCUGCCUUGGACUUUAACUGUACAUUUUACAAAGUUUCCAGAAAAUAUUUUACUACGCUGCCCCAAUAAAGAUAUUGUUGAAGCACAUUACAUGUCUACAGUAAAAGAGGCUGAUGUGCUUAAACACAGAGGACAAGUAAUGUCAACAAUGCAAAAGAAAGACCAUAAUCAGUUAUGGCUAGGAUUGCAAAAUGAUAAAUUUGACCAAUUUUGGGCUAUAAACAGGAGACUAAUGGAAUCACAUGGAGACAAUGAAGGUUUUAAACAUAUACCAAUUAGAAUGUAUUCUGAUGAUGGUAUUUGCUGUCAAAGAUUAAUAAGCCCCAAAAAUAAUGAUGGAAGUCGUAAGAUUAUCCAACAACUUUUGUCAGAAUUAUAUCCUGACAAACCAGACGUUAAACUUAGAACACAUGGGAUCCUUAUCCCAUUGGACACACCACUUCAGUGGCUUUCAGAACAUAUGAGCUACCCUGACAAUUUUCUACAUAUUUGCAUGUGCUAAGCUUAUUGUUUACCUAAUUUUAAUCAUAUAAGAGUGGAAAGUUUAUCAAGAAAAUACAAGAAUUGUCGUGUAGAGCUAUGUAAAUUAAGAAAUAUAUUUAUAACUGCAAUCUUAUGAGACAAGUUAUUAAUAAAAUCACUACAUUCCUGCA